UUCAUGUUUCCUGGUUUCUUCCUUUGCUUUCCUGGUGCUUUUUCCUGAUUCAUUGCAAGGUCGGCUCCUGCCCUUUGGCUUGUUUGGAAGAGCUCCUCACCAUGAUGGCUAAUAAUGGCUAAGGAUUGCUGGAGGGUCAUAAAUGCGGGAGAGAGAGAGACAGAGAAACGAUUGCAUUCUGGUUUUCGCAUCCAGCGGGCCAUUGUGUUUGUUGCAGGUGCUAUCAUUCACUUGUGGGGGUGAGGAGUAGUUUCCAACAGCGUCCCUCCAGACUCCAGCUGUGGACUUGCUCGGGUGCAGUUUACUGAACGGGGAUGAUUUGGUGCUUUGGCAGGUAGUUUCCGGUAUGUCAGUGUCGAGUAUUGCCAAGAGUACACCGCCAUUGUUCCCCGAUUGGUGAGCUGUUUUCUCAAUCUUCUCGGUGGAAGACUUGCAGGAUUCUGUUGCAGUGAAGAAAGAUAGGGCUCGUCGCAGGUCUUGGUGGUAUCGGCAAUGGUGGGAAAGUAGGGACUGGAAUUUUGUCACAAUUGAGCAAGAGACUCGCGGGCGAGUUCCUGGGCCUUCUCUCUCUCGCAUUUCUUGCUUGUGGGUACCGCCACUGGCACCUGCUUUGAAGAGUAUGUGUGGAUGCUGCAGUGUCAAGAGGCUAGAUCUGAUGAAGAGGAUUCUUCAUUGGAAAGUGAUCAUUAAGAGGAGCUGACACUCGGAGAUUCUUUUCAGAGGCAGAUGCAGAGACACUGCAAGGCAACAGCCACGGGCUUUUGUUGCAGGAAUUUUUCAAGAACUUAGCUACUCUAUUCGUGACAAGAGCGAGAUAAGAUAGCUGCAGACAAAAUCUUUGAGUGCCGGGUGGCUUGGAGGUGCCCAGGAAGGCUUGCAUUGCCUGCCCCUCACCAAUUGUUUAGAAUGUGAAUUGAAACUUUGAUAUAAGAGAGCUGGAGAACUACUCUGCGAGUAAUGGGGUUUAUGUUCAAUGGCUGCACCUCUGAUGACUUGCUGAUGCAGCAGAGGAUUGGAUGGGUGGGUGCAAAUGCACGUUUGAGGCGAGAGGACUGCGAAUUUGUCAAACAUGACAAGCUCUUCUCCAAAUGGAAGAUUCUAAUAGGUCCUUCAGAUUGGAGCGAUUAUGCGACAGGAAAGAUCGGGAUAGAGAGGUGUCAGGUUCAAAACCUUCCAGACUUCAAUUUGGGACCGGGGGUUUAUGAGCUGGGAGUGACAGCUCCGUCAUGGGUGCCAACUCUGCACAGUAAGAGGCCGCGGUCUUUGAGGAGAGAGGAUGUGAUUGCUGUCUAUGUUGGCCAAGCAGUAAACAUCCGACAACGUCUGCACAAGUAUGGGCAGACAGGUGCACAUCUCGAAGGCUCACGAUCAUUUGCGACAUCGUGUCAAGGAGAUGAUGGCUCUGUCUCUGGCGGGAGCAGCACCCCCCGAACAUGGAAUGGAGGUGGAGAUGCCGCGAAAGUUGCUGCUGAGAUAGGGCCGCGCCUUUUCUCGGAGGCCUUUGCCCUGGGCAGCUCCAUUGCUUUUCGGUGGGCACAUACAGACAGCAAGGUGGUAGCCGAGCAAGUGGAAUCUGAGCUUCUGGCAGUUUUUGACUACGCUUGGAACAAAGGCAUUAACGGCACCCGCCGCUCCCGAGAUAUUCUUGCCAAGCUUUUCAUGGCGUGGCCAACAAACAAUCCUUCCCUAUGCAACCAUUCUGUGUUCUCUGGAAGAAGAGGGAUGAUCUGUUUUGGUCCCAACGCGGUAGGCAUUAAGGUGGCUUUGCGAAAGCCUCAGGAGUCCAACAAAAGCGUCAUGGGAAAUAUGGGAAACCUCUGCUUCCUCACGACAAUGCAACCUCAAGGUCCUGUUAAUACGCGCACCACUCAAGGUGGUUCACUUAAGGUGCCUAGGUGUAAUGUUGUUACAAACAAUGGAUUGCCUUGCAAUGCCCCUUCCCUUGGAGGUCAUAGACGGUGCCCACAGCACAAAGGACUGCGACUGAGAGAAAACAGUUAUCCUCUCAGGAAGCCUGUUGAGGUUGUCAGUGCAGGACGGAGCUGCUUAUCAAACACCUUCCUUCGCCGUCAAACUAGUCCAAUUAUCAAGACCAUCAAGGAGCAUCGCAACGCGGUAUCGGCCAAGGAAGAAACUUCAGGUGAGAGAAAGCGGCCACCGAGCCUGUCUUUCAAUACUUGGAUGAAAGUAGAAACCGAGCGCAUUCACGACAGUCUGGAGUACGCUCCGCUGCCUGUGGAUAGUGGGAUGAGGAGGUAGAACAAAAUGUGAUUCCUAAGUUCCGUGUAUAUUUGUAGGAUAUAACUGGGUACACAACAUACACAGGGAGUGAUGAGAAAGAGUUUUCUCUUCACUUGGGAACUCCUUGAUCUCUAAAGUGAGGAAAUCCUGCAGUCACGAAAAUUCUUCCUCUUUUUGAUACGAUCAGGCUUAAGGGAGCUAUUUUUAGAACGUAUUAAUUAAUACGAACCAUACGAUUUUAUGAAUUGAAUCUUCAAUAAGAUUUGCUGGUUUUCUUUUGUCAGCA